AUGGCAGCUAGCUUGACGACUCAAGAAAGAGAUAUUAAGAUUAUAAUGGACACUUUAUCGUCAAUGAGGAGUGCUAAUAAUAAUCCAACACCUGAAAUCAAAAAAAUCAGAUCUGAUAGAUUAACAGACCCAGAUCCAUCAACCUGGCUUCAAGAACCUACACUUCGUCCAGAUAUGCACACUUUUCUUACACAAUUGGCUAAUUUACACAAACUUUAUUGUUCACCAAGAAUUAUACCACAUGAUAAAAGCCAAAAUUCCAAUAAUACUGAUGAUCCUUUAAUGGCUACUGAAUUUAUGAAAUACUUGGAAAAAGCUGCAUUUCAUGAAAAUCCGACUGCUUUAUACAACUUGGGAAGCAUCUAUUAUGAAGGCAAAUUGAAUUUACAAGUAGAUCAUAAACUAGGAAUAAAAUUUUAUAAGAAAGCAGCAUUAAAAGGUCAUGAUAAAUCAAUUCAAAGAUUAAGUAGUUUAAAAAUAAGUGUUUAUGAUGAUUAA